CGCAAUAGAUCGGUGAGGUGAGCGGUAUUUCGUGCGAGCAACGAUAUGAAGAUCACGUGUUUCAUUACGAUCUGUGCAUGUCUAUCAACAAUAGUAUUCAGUGACAAAAUUCAACAUUUAAAUAGGUUAAAAAGGGAAAGAACGCGAGAGGGAUCAGUCCUCGAAGAGGCUUCGGUAGAGAGAAGAUUAAAUCCCAAUGCUGAGAUUCAUCCCCAGGUAUUUACGACUCAUCCCCAUGUAUCGCGGAAGAGCAUUCGAUCGCAAGAGCAGACCGAGACUUUCCAAAAACCUUCUCAGAAGAAGAUCCCCGAGCCUCAGUCUAAAUCUCAACAGCGACAUCCUCGCGAUCGUACGAGACAUCCGGUAAAGCGUGUGAAGGUCCGCUCGAUCCCCGGAUCGACGUACGAGGUGGAUGAGAAUCAUGUCCACGACUUCGAUUCGCAUUCGGUUUCCGAGGUGCACGACGAGAAGCCGAUUUACAUCAAGCCCAUGUUUCGCGUCACCACGAAGACGAAUAUCUUCGAUUCGAUCAUGGACAUUCUGCACCAAUUGUUGGAUCCACCCAAGAACGAGCUGGGCCCGAUGGUUGGACCCAUCCAAAUGCCGGGGUCCAAGCGCAAGAUCUACCUGCGCCUGUUGGAACCGGUCGACUCGAAUCACGUUACGGUGCGUUUCGUAACGCAAGUACCAGUUCCCGUGAUCGAUGAGGAGUUACGGGAUUUCGAUUCUAUUUUACCAUUCCUGCCGUUCAGCGAGCCUGGCGCUUCAAACUUCCUGAACCAUCACCACAUCGCGUCAAGUGACGCGACGUACAGCUCUUCCAAUCGUCAUCAAACGGUUCAACUGCCUCGAAACGUCAGCCAUGUUUCCGGUAAAGGUCGAGGGCCGCAAUCGACUAAGAGUCCCUCGAAUGACCUCAAGGAGACCGAAAAGGAAAAUUUGCCGCCCGUUAAAGCGAAAGCUGUGAAAGAAGAGGAGAACGACAAGAGCCAUGCGCACCUUCAAUCGGAAGACGAUGCCAUAAAGCAAGUGACGGAGAUACUCAACAGCGCGGAGAACGAACCAGAUUCGAAGGAUUCCAUGAAAACCUGGUACAAAAAGCACCGUUUAUCCCUUCAGCAGAUCGCUCCGCUGUACUCGCUUACGGCGAUGGAGCACAUCGAGGCCAGCCCCUACGUACAAGAGAACACGUACAAAGUGCCCGGCGACAUUCUCAAUUCGCAAGCCGGUUCGUACGAGCAGUACAACGUAAACGCAGCCUCGGGAUACUACGAUCAAUCUUACACGGCCGUCCCGAACACUUACUCGACCACUUACCCGAAGCAGAACGAGUUUAGCAACGAUCCGAGCUCUUACCUGGCCUCUUAUCAGAGUCGGAAUAACUUGAACGGCGCCCCGAGCUCUUACCCGGCCCCUUAUCAAAGUCAGAAUAACUUGAAUAGCGCCCCGAGCUCUUAUCCGAUCUCCUAUCAGAAUCAGAACGAGUUGAACAACGUCCCGAGCUCCUACCCGGUCUCCUAUCAGAAUCAAAACGACCUGAACAAUGCCGCGAGCUCCACUUCUUACGUCAAGCAGAACGAUCUUUUCAGUGCUCCCACUGUCUAUUCAACCGUCGGAUAUCCUUACGAGAAGCAGCCGGCCAACGUUCCAUCAUCGUCGAACUCGUACGCGACUCCCCACAAGACGCAAGACGGCGCGCAGACUGGUUCGAGCUCUCAGAAUGCGCUUCACAUUAUAGAUCCGCCUUAUCUCGUCGAUCAUCGGCAGGUCUUGGAGAGCCACGCCAAUAAAAUAUACGAGUUCACCACAAUCCGACCGCGGGGUUACAGCUUGCCCGAUGUCGUAGGCUCAUCGGGCAUCGCGCAGAACGGCGAAUCCCUCGAUCAGAUAACAUGGGGUAAGGUGAAGCGAGAGAAGACCGAGUCCAGCUUCCAGAAGAACGUGGAGAUCAUCUCCGACAAUCACGAGAAAUGGCAGCCGCUCAUGUCCGAGGACGCGGACUGGCACAAGGCGUUCGCCAAUCUGGCGAACGGUGAUUUUCAGCAAGAAGCGAGGCAGCAGCCCGUCAAUCGCCCGAGGCAGGCCUCGCGAAAACCUACGGCGAGCAUCACGGGCGAGGUAGGAAGAACCGAGCAUCAUCGUCAGCACGGUAAACAUCGCAAUCCGAUUACGACCAUCGAAAAUCCAAGAUGUUUAAUUGUGGGCGAAUGCGAGCGGAUGGAACCCAUGGUCGCCUCGAUACCUCAUCCGGAAGGAACAGUCAAGCUCGUUAAAGAGCAAACGUCGGCUGCUAAUGUCACCGUGAUCACUCCGAGAUCGGCGCCAAUCACUGUGAUCACUCCGAAAUCGGUGGCGGCAAGCAAUACGUUCGAAACGUUGAGAGUGAAUAUCACGAAGAGUAGCUGGACAGAGGAACCACAGCCACUGGUGAUGACGACCGGAAGUCCCGCGACGAGUAGUACGACACAGAAAACGCCGCUGUUGAUUCGAGUCGAGAGUACUCCACUGGAUACAGUGACGGAGAAAUCAAUUAAGAAUGAAAAGACAAACAGAUCGAUCGCGAAUGCCUCGAUGGAGAAAUCGGCGACGAGCAGCACGACGAGAAGAUCGCCGAUAAGCGCCACGUUGCCCGUAUCGAAUAACACUACGAAAAGGUCGUGGUUUUCGAAGCGGCCUAUGCUAAUGAAAAAGCCGACCUCCGUGUUGAAGGGAACGGAAUUCGGUAGCACUACGAAGAGAACCGAGUUACUGAGUAACAUCGCAAAGAGGACGAUUAAUACGACGCGGAAGCCGACGACGAUGAGCAGCACGACGGAAAAAACGAGACGAUCGAAGUUGCGAGGCGCGACUUCGAAAAUGAAGUCAAGCACGACUUGACUUUGUUCAAUAACGUAGCUCUCUUUAAACACGACCGACGAUGACAAUUUGUGUUUUUUUAUGCAUUUAAAUUAAUAUUUGCGCGUUGGUCAUAGCA